UGAAGGCUCUAGGAAAAUGGGCUGCCUCUGUUUGCAGACUUGGAGCCCCACACCCGAUUUUCAAACAAAGGCAGAUCCUGUUCCAGGAGCCAGGGAGACCUUGCCCUGGCCAGCCGUGCCAGGCACCUCUCCUGCCUGCUUCCGGGCCCAUUUGCCAGACGGGGAGAGGGCACUCGAGUCGCCAUCACCACCUGGGCAAGGCCAUGAGGACAGGGUCCUCCCAGUUCUCUGUCCACGGGGCUGGCUCAGACUCAGCUGCCCAGACGAGGCUCAUGCCGGGAGCUUGGCCAUGACCUCGGAGGCCUCUUCUGGAAGCCGCUGUGCCAGGAACGGGAUGCUGCGGAGGCGGGCCCGGGAGGAGGACAGUGCCGUCCUGAUCGACAUGGCCCCCGGGGCAGAGAAGGGGGACUCCUACGGGAGCACAGCCAAUACCUUAGAGCCGGGUGGACACCAGGCGGCCACUUGCAGGGUGGGGAGCCCUGCCAAGCCCCGAAUCGCAGACUUCGUCCUUGUUUGGGAGGAAGACCUGAAGCCGGGUCAGCAACAGGACCACACCACCCGGGACAAGACAGAUGCACACGGGGCAUGGAGGGAGACCUUUCUGGAUAAUCUUCGUGCAGCUGGGCUGCAUGUGGACCAGCGUGACGUCUGGGAUGAGGACAGCGCAGUACACUACGUCCUCCUCAGCGCCCCCUGGGCGCUGCUCUGCUACUACGCGGAAGACCUGCGCCUGAAGCUGCCUCUGCAGGAAUUGCCCAACCAGGCCUCCGACUGGUCAGCCAGCUUACUGGAGCGGCUGGGCCUCCCCAACAUCCUGCUAGAGGAUAUGCCUGACGUGCCCCCUGAGUACUACUCCUGCCAGUUCAAAAUGAGCAAGCUGUCGAGGUUUCUUGGGAGUGACAACCAGGACACCUUCUUCUCCAGCACCAAGAGGCACCAGAUUCUGUUUGAGAUCCUGGCCAAGACCCCAUACGGCCACGAGAAGAAAGGCCUGUUUGGGAUCGACCAGCUGCUGUCGGAGGGUGUCUUCAGCGCGGCCUUCCCUCUGCACGAUGGCCCCUUCACAACACCCCCGGAGGGCCCGCGGGCUCCGGGCCUCAACUGUCGGCAGGUCCUGUUCCGGCACUGGGCCAGCUGGCGCAAGUGGCACAAGUACCAGCCUCUGGACCACGUGUGCAGGUACUUCGGGGAGAAGGUGGCCCUCUACUUCGCCUGGCUUGGAUUCUACACAGGCUGGCUCCUGCCAGCGGCAGUGGUGGGCACGCUGGUGUUCCUGGUGGGCUGUUCCAUGGUGUUCUCAGAUACACCCACGCAGGAGCUCUGCGGCAGCACGGACAGCUUCGAGAUGUGCCCGCUCUGCCUCGACUGCCCCUUCUGGCUGCUCUCCAGCGCCUGCGCCCUGGUCCAGGCUGGCCGGCUCUUCGACCACGGCGGCACCGUCUUCUUCAGCUUGUUCAUGGCGCUGUGGGCCGUGCUGCUCCUGGAGUACUGGAAGCGGAAGAGCGCCACGCUGGCCUACCGCUGGGGCUGCUCUGACUAUGAGGACCUCGAGGAGAGGCCGCGGCCCCAGUUUGCUGCCUCAGCCCCCAUGACAGCCGUGAACCCCAUCACUGGCGAGGAUGAGCCCUACUUCCCCAAGAGGAGCCGCCUGCGCCGUGUGCUGGCCAGCUCCGUGGUGGUCGUGAUGAUGGUGGCUGUGGUGGUCAUGUUCCUUGUGUCCAUCAUCCUGUACCGGGCCAUCAUGGCCAUCCUGGUGUCCAGGUCGGACAAAACCCUGCUUGCAGCCUGGGCGUCACGCAUUGCCAGCCUCACGGGGUCCAUGGUGAACCUUGUCUUCAUCCUCAUCCUCUCCAAGAUCUAUGUGGCCCUGGCCCACAUCCUGACGAGGUGGGAAAUGCACCGGACCCAGACCAAGUUCGAGGACGCCUUCACCCUCAAGGUGUUCAUCUUCCAGUUCGUCAACUUCUACUCCUCGCCCAUCUACAUCGCCUUCUUCAAGGGCAGGUUCGUGGGCUACCCGGGCAGCUACCACACCCUGUUCGGGGUCCGCCACGAGGAGUGUGCGGCCGGAGGCUGCCUCAUUGAGCUGGCACAGGAGCUCCUGGUCAUCAUGGUGGGCAAGCAGAUCAUCAACAACGUGCAGGAGGUUCUCGUCCCGAAGCUCAAGGGCUGGUGGCAGAAGUUCCGGCUGCGCUCCAAGAAGAGGAAGGCGGGCGCUUCCACGGCGGCUGGCCAGGUGCCCUGGGAGGCAGACUACGAGCUGCUGCCCUGUGAGGGCCUGUUUGACGAGUACCUCGAAAUGGUGCUGCAGUUCGGCUUCAUCACCAUCUUCGUGGCCGCCUGCCCGCUCGCGCCUCUCUUCGCGCUGCUCAACAACUGGGUGGAGAUCCGCCUGGACGCGCGCAAGUUCGUGUGCGCGUACCGGCGCCCGGUGGCCGAGCGCGCGCAGGACAUCGGCAUCUGGUUCCACAUCCUGGCGGGCAUCACGCACCUGGCGGUCAUUAGCAACGCCUUCCUGCUGGCUUUCUCGUCGGACUUCCUGCCGCGCGCCUACUACCAGUGGAGCCGCGCCCGCGACCUGCGCGGCUUCGUCAACUUCACGCUGGCGCGCGCCCCGCCCGCCUUCGCCGCGGCGCACAACCGCACGUGCAGGUAUCGGGCUUUCAGAGACGACAAUGGACAUUAUUCCCAGACCUACUGGAAUCUUCUGGCCAUCCGCCUGGCCUUUGUCAUUGUGUUUGAGCAUGUGGUGUUCUCCAUCGGCCGGAUCCUCGACCUCCUGGUACCUGACAUCCCCGAGUCCGUGGAGAUCAAGGUGAAGCGGGAAUACUACCUGGCCAAGCAGGCGCUAGCCGAGAACGAGGUGAGCCCCCCCCCAGCCCCAACGCUUCACCUUCCCUCGUCCAUCGGUGGGGGGGCCCCAACCCGCUGCUCUGCUUCAGCGCAUGAUGGAGUGAACAGUGGCAGAGUCUAAUCACACUCUCCUCCUCCUUGCUUCCUGGAGACAGGCUCUCUUGGGAACAAAUGGAGCGAAGGACCACCCCCCUGGCUCAGGAGAUGUGACUGGGCCCACAAGCCUAGCCUGCCAGGAACUGGCAGGGCCUCCACAGACCCUUCCCUCUGAGGUCACAGGGGUCACCCCAAGAGUUGGCACCUGAGGGACCUGGAGCCAGACCCACCUGGAGGGCAGAGACCUCGCCGCCUCAGAAGUGAUGCCAGGCUGUCAAAGGCUCACUGCUCUCAGAAGCCACAGCCGGUCUCUUGUCCCUCCUUGGCCCAGAGCUGCCCUGCCCUUGGCUGCCUUGGGCCUCUGCUCAGGCACCCUGCCUCCCAGGUCCUGGUCAUGGCCCCCACUAGCCACCCCUUGGAGUCCCCAAUGCCAGCUCAUUACAGCAGCAGCGCGUGGAGGGCCAGGACAUGCUGUGCCCAGGGGAGCCCAGGGGCAUCCAGUGGCUUGUGGGGGCGCUGCCCCCUGCCAUCUCCCUCCCAGCCCCAUGAGCCAGUAUGCUCUCCUCACUCACCCCAGGGCAGAAUGGCUUCUCCUCCGACAUGCUGGCUCCCAUCAGCCCCCUCUGGGCACACGGCUGCUUCCCGCCCUGCUCCUCGCCUCUCUACUCUCAGAGCACUGGUCCUUCUAGGCCCUGUCCCUCCACUGCUUCCCAUCCCCAAGGCCCCUCACCCACCCCUAGACCUGGUCUCUUGCUGGGCAAAGAGGAGGUGGCCUCCGUGCUGGCCUCUCCCCGUUCACACUUCCCACUCACCCCUCAGCCCUCGGACACGGCUCAUCUGCCAAUCAAGCCAGAGGGCUUUGGGGUCCUUUCUGUUCUCCCUGGUGCUCCUUGUGCCUGCUGUCGUUUGAAUGAUGGACUGUCUCCUCUCCAGGCCCACCUCGCCUCUGCCUACCCUGUCUACUUGCGGUGCUGCCUGCCCCCCAGCACGACCCACCUGUCAGCCCCUGCCCCCUGUGUUCCAGUCAGAGCUGCGGAGUCAGCUCACCACCCCACCCUGCCCCCGCCAUUCCCCAUUAUCCACCAAGGCCUCUUGAUUCCGUCUUCUAUUUCCUGAACGCGGCCCCCCACCCUUUCCUCCAAGCCAUUAUCAACAGCCUCUGAACAGCAGUCAGGCUAGAACGAAGCCACUCCCUCCUCACUUCCCCGGAGGCUGCACACCCCUGAGGAGUGGCUUCUCCCCCACCUCCCGCAGGCCGUGAGGCUGGGGCCAGCACAGGCCUCACAGCCGCAAGCUUCCAGAUGGGGAAGGUUUGGAAGGAGACUGAAUUUUAUUCCCUGACCAGUGAAACACUUGGAGGACAUUCCCGCAAUCCUGGGUGGAUCUCCUUCAUUUUUCUGUAUGUUUAUACAUAAUCAUUUUCAAAAUCGGGGGCAUAAUAGUACACGCAGUUUGACCUCGUCCACUGACUGGUUUCAUCAGCCUCUUUUCAUCUUUACCUUCUGUUAACUUGGUGAACUGCCGGGGAUAACCCCACCACAGGUGCUUCCCAACUUAGCUCUGUCACUUACUGUUGGGCACACAGGAUUCUCUUCCUCUGCCGCUAUCAAUUACACUGGAAUCAACAUCUGGAAACAUAUUGUGCUCACCUUGAUUUCCUCAGGGUACACUCCUGGAAUUAGACUGCAGUGUCAAAAAGGAUAUGCAGUUUUUGAAAUGUUUUGAUGCAUAUCUUGGAAGUGCCAAUCCACACCUUUCUAAACAGCAUCCUUGCCAUCACGGUAUCAUCAUUUAAAAACCUGCUGCUCUGGCCUCAGGCAGCACCAUGCUCACUUCUGGCCGAGUUUGCUGACAAGGAGGCUGAGCGCUGAGGUGGUUGUAUGGCCAUUGGCAUUUCUUCUGGAUUUGUCUCUUGUUCACCCCUUUUAGAAAGCGGUGUCCUGAGCAGUGAGGAGCCACUGGGCAGUGCCCCCCGCUGUGCACCGUGCCCAUAUCACAAAAUCCACAAUAUCACAAAAUCCACAAGUAUCUUCUUCCAGCUGCUUUGUUUUUGUUGCUCUCUCAAACUUUAUAAUUUUAAAGUAAAUUUAUUGAAACAAAACGCUCAAGUCAUACCUCAGGCUUUUAUAAAGCGAACACACCCACUGUAACCAGCAUGUGAGUCAAGACGCAGCCCUGAUACCAGGACCAGAUGCUGGGGUGGGCCCCUCCCCCCAUGACCGUCUCCCACCCCGAGCAGCCACCACUUCAGCCUCUGAUGCCAGGCAUGAAACUAGGGAACCCAAGUGUCUGAUCUCUUUCGUGGGACACCCCGACCAUGAGCUUUACCCGUGGUGUUGUGCAUGACCGGCCCAUCCUAGCUGCUGCGUCAUGCUCCCUGGAUGAAGAUGCCACCACUGAUCUAUUCUGCCUGGCUGUUAGGAAUAAUGCUGCCAUCAAACUCUGGUCCCUGUCUCCUGGCACCCACUGGUGUCCCCCCCGUAGGGUGCAUGUUGAGCAGUGGAAUUGCUGGGCCAUUGGGUAAACUAUUUCCCUUUAACAUGGUGGGGAUGAGCCCACCCUCUCAGAAGCAAGGGAAUCUAACUCCCUUGCUCCACUGGACUCCUGGAGGUAUAUUCUAUCACGUGGAUGACUGGCAUGACUCCUUCAGCUGAGGGCUGCUCCUACUCCCCAGCUCGGCAUUGGCCUGGGUAGGGGGGCCUGUCCUGAGAAUGCCACCGAGGUUCACCGAUGGAGAUAUUUCACACAGAAUGGAGCUAAGGGAAGUGGCAGGGUGCUGCUUCCAGGCAUGAGAAGCCAGGGCAGCAAGGAGACUGUUCACCUUCAAUAGUGACAGGAGUCCAGGGGCAGACAGCCACCCUCGCCAUGACCACUGCUGGCUUCCCAAAGUGGCUCCUGCAGGGGCAGUUAAUGCAGGGUUGAGAACUAUAUGUCAACAGGGAGAAUUGCACCAAAGACUGGAACCAUGUAUGUAUGUCCAGUUACCACUCAAGAGCAUGCUGAAGACACCCCUGGUUUCACAGGACCGAGAACACACACGUGGCGUGAUAAAACGAGUCCCAGCACACUACAUCUGGUU